CGCAAAGAGGCAGCACACACAGGACUGGACCACAAACAGAGGCUUUAUUUUGCGGUCAGCAUGGCUGUGAACAUGAUGCCAGCUCCCGCCAUGUGGCCGGGGGAGGAACAGCCAUCUCUGCUGGACCAGGAGGGCUGUCUGUCGAGCCAAGCCCCCGUCUCUGUGCCAUGUCCACCAGGCAUGGGCGAACAUCUCAUCCACAGCAGCAGCAGCCCGGUCAGCACACGGCCCCCUCGCAGCAAAUCCAAAGGAGAGCUAGUCAUAGUCAUCAACGAGAAGCUGAAGAACAGUCUAGGUAAUGGGAUACACCCAGCGCCUGCAGAGAGCACCUCUCCAGUCAUCUCCUCUCCUCCCAGAAGGCAACACUCCAUCUCUUACCCUCAUCACGGCAAGACCAGGAAGGGGAGCAGGGCUGGCUCCAUCGGCUACACCUCCUUUUCACCCAGACCGUCGCUCUCUCGCCACUCCAGCAUUGCCACCAACCCACCCUUGGACCGGACCAAGGUUAAAGACUACCUCCUCCUGUCUGUGCUGGCCUGCUUCUGCCCCGUCUGGCCCAUAAACAUUGUGGGAUUUGUCUACUCCAUCAUGUCCAAGAACAGUCUCGAGCAGGGAAACCUGGACGGUGCUGUACGUCUGGGACGUGUGGCCAAGAUGCUCUCCAUGGUAUCACUAGUAGGAGGGACGGUCAUUAUCAUCGCCUGCAUUGUCAACCUGGCCAUAAAUGUGAAAACCUGAGUUUCAUCCCAGGAUGAAACUGGAUAAGGCAACAGACCGUCUGGCCCGCACCUGCACCACCGUCUUUACCGCCUAGUCAUUACCUGGAUGUGUGACAAAUAUGCACCUGAUAUACAGUGCUUACUUAUAUUUCUGUAAUCUAUAUAAAUCCCUUUUGCUAAUGGAAGAAAAUAACAUAUGCAAAUGCAGCUGCUCUGAGUCGGGGUUGGGGGAUGGGGGGAGUUAACAGUCUGAUGUUAGAUGGAGAAGGGAGUUGGCAGUCAGACUAAUCAGUCCCUUCGUAUUCUGGUCAACGCAUUCAGAACGAUUCUUGAGAAAGAAUCUUCAAGAAUCCCAUCUCCACCUGCAGAAAUGACUCAAACAAGGUGGAUUAGAAAAGAGACCAGUGGAGGCUGGUUACAGAAUGUGAAACAGGAAGCAUUGCCUCCCAGCUUCAGCGCCCACAUGCAAGUACCAACAAAAUGUCCACCAAGCCCAUCCUUCACUGCACUGACGACAGGAUGCAUCAGAGUUUCAGCCUGCCGUUAAAUCCCCCCUGAUAACGUGGAGAGGCUCUGGGGUUUUGUGUUGCAUCAGUCACAGAGCAGAAAUUCAUCCGUUUCCCUCACAGAGAAGGAACACUUCCAGUCACAGCACAUCCUCUUGUUUCAGACUGUCCUCUGUGGUUCCCAUGACUCCUGCCAUACAUCUUGUGUUCGAGAAGUGAGCACGCGGGUGGCAAAAACGGAUGAAAAAGAGGCUUACCAAGGACUAGCUAUGGGUGCUAAAAUGGAUGGGAUUAUGGAAAGUCUCACACAGAAGGUACCGUCAUCACUGCAAGGAAAAAUAUGUGCCAAAAAAAAGAAUUAGUGGGGAAAGUUUCUGGCUUUGUAAAGACCCAACUCUGAUCACAGAAUAGUUGUUGUAGAGAGGAACAUCAGAAGUGUUUUUACCCUGCUGCAACUUUACUAUAUAUCCACUCAACACCACUGAGCACUGUGAGCUGGGGAAAGGGUACAUGUUCACAAAAAAAAACCCCAUCACUGUAGCAAGGUACUUAAAAUAUUCAUUUUACAGCGAAGCCAAUCAUGCCACGUUAUCUGUAACCUAUCUUUUGAUAAUGUUUGUAAAAGAUCAUUUUGAAGCAGAAGAAGAUUUGUAAUGUGAUGCUCCUCAAGUGCCGCGCUGCAGCUGACAGAUGAUGGUAGUAUUGUAUUCAUAUGGGGCAUCGCGAUUUGGUUAACAAAUUAAAUAGCUUGUGAUUGCAGUCAGUGUUGUGGCUCUAGCCUCAACCUGCAUCCACAAGUCAGCUGUACUUUCAAACCAGACAGAUGGUGGCACUUUUUGUCCCCUUGAAAAACUUAAAAUAGUUGAUUUUUACUUAACUGAGUAUAAUAUGCUAAUAUAUGCCCAUUUUGUUGUGAAUCACAGUAGGUUGAUCUUUUGGUGGAUUAUUUGUAAAACACUGGUUCAGACAUGGUUUUAUGGAUGAGAGACAUGAGUAGCAUUGUGGUAGCAGUGCAGUGGAGAAGUAAUUUUAAAAUCUGUCUUAUUAUAUUAUUCUUAUAACUAUUAUUAUUAUUAUUAUUAUAUCUCCUGUGUAUCCUUACCUAACCUCUAAUCUUUAUCUACCUGUGAUUUUCACUGUGAUCUAAAACAACCAGGAUUCAUCAAGAAUGCAUAAAUUUCUCCUUAUUUUAAUGUAUCCCAGAUUUUGAAUCAUGUACAGGAAAUGCCACGACUUCAAUUAAUUUAAUUAAUUUUCCGUCAUGGUUAAUAUGGCUUUUUUUUUUCUUCCUUUGUUAGUACUUGAUAUGUAAAUUUGAUUGUUAUCAACAGUUGAUGUAUUCUGCAGAUAUAAAUCUCAAUAUUGUGAUAAUUCUCUAGGUGAUAUGAGUUAGCAUUAAGUAGUUAUGAUCUAACGUAGGCACAGAAACUGUCGGCUAGCCUCCUCUGACAGUCAUUGUAUUACCACCGGGCUUCUAUAAUCUUUGUGGUUAUUGGCAUGUUAUUAAUGUAUGAUGAUAGAAGAAAAAUACAAAGAUAAGCUGGCACUUGGAAUAUUAUACUUCUGCAGCACAUUCAUAAUAAAG